CCCGCGCCGGCGCGCUCCGACGUGCCCUGCAACUUACCCUCCCUGGGAGAGCAGCCUGCGGGGACGGGCGGCUGCGGCCGCGGCCGGGGGAGCGCCCUUUGCAGGCGAGCGGGGCUCGGGCGAGGUGGCCUCGGCGUCGUGGCGGAGUGCCCGCGGAGCGGGGUGCAGGUUUAAAUAUUAUACUGGACAUGUAUUUCUCAUAAGCAGUACCAGCCCACCAGGCCAUCAAGCCAGAAUGUGGCACACCAUCCUUUUUGAGAAGAGGUGAACAUUACUGAUUAAAAAUGGCAGACAAAAGUGGGAAGCUAGUUCCAGGACAAGUGUACAUCGAAGUGGAAUAUGAUUACGAAUAUGAAGCAAAGGACAGAAAAAUUGUGAUAAAGCAAGGGGAGCGCUAUAUCCUGGUAAAAAAGACCAACGACGACUGGUGGCAAGUGAAGCCGGAUGAGAGUUCCAAGGCGUUUUACGUGCCCGCCCAGUAUGUGAAGGAGGUGGCCCGCAAAGCACUUAUGCCUCCUGUCAAACAGGCCGUCGUGCUGCCCAACAGUUCAGUGAAGAUGAUGCAGAGUUUGCAUCUGCAGAGAUCCGCUGAGAAUGUGAACAAGCAGCCUGAGCUGUCGAGUUUCGGGAAGCCCUCGCUGUCUGUCCAGGGAACAGGCCUUAUCCGCGAUGCCAAUCAGAACCUGGGACCCAACUACACCGCGGGCCAGACGCUGAAUCUGAGCCUGGAUCUGACCCACAAUAACGGCAAGUUUAUUAACAGUGACUCGCACUCGCCGAAAGUUUCAAGCCAGAACAGAACGCGUUUGUUCGGCCACUUUCCAGGGCCGGAGUUCUUGGACAUCGAGAAAACCAGCUUCUCCCAGGAACAGGCAUGUGACUCUGCAGGGGAGGGCUCUGAGAGGGUCCAGCAGGAUUCGGAAUCGGGCGAUGAACUUAGCAGCAGCUCCACGGAACAAAUCAGGGCAACAACACCUCCAAGUCAAGGACGGCCAGAUUCUCCUGUUUAUGCUAAUCUUCAAGAACUGAAAAUAUCCCAGUCUGCUCUUCCUCCUCUCCCGGGGAGCCCCGCGAUUCAAAUUAAUGGAGAAUGGGAAACGCAUAAGGAUAGUUCAGGGCGCUGUUAUUACUAUAACAGAGGAACGCAGGAAAGAACUUGGAAACCCCCUCGUUGGACCCGGGAUACAAGCAUAGGCAAAGGAGAUUUCCAAAAUCCAGGAGAUCAAGAGUGGCUCAAGCACGUUGACGAUCAAGGUAGACAGUAUUACUACAGUGCUGAUGGAUCCCGAUCAGAAUGGGAAUUGCCAAAGUAUAAUGCUUCAUCUCAGCAGCAAAGAGAAAUUAUCAAGAGUAGGAGUCUGGACAGGCGGCUGCAAGAACCAAUAGUGUUAACAAAAUGGAGACAUAGCACCAUUGUAUUGGACACCAAUGACAAGGAAUCUCCAACUGCCUCAAAACCCUGCUUACCUGAAAAUGAGUCUUCUCCCUCUUCACCAAAGCACCAAGAUACAGGUCAAGAGAAAUAUGGAUUAUUAAAUGUAACAAAAAUUACUGAAAAUGGGAAAAAGGUUCGGAAAAACUGGUCGUCUUCUUGGGCCGUGUUGCAGGGGUCAUCUUUGCUCUUCACCAAGACCCAAGGAAGUAGCACAAGUUGGUUUGGGAGUAAUCAAUCCAAACCAGAGUUCACAGUGGACCUUAAGGGGGCAACGAUUGAGAUUGCUUCAAAGGAGAAAUCCAGCAAAAAGAAUGUAUUUGAGCUGAAAACCCGCCAAGGAACGGAGCUGCUUAUUCAGUCUGAUAAUGACACUGUUAUCAAUGACUGGUUUAAAGUCCUUAGUAAUACUAUCUGUAAUCAGACAGAAACAGAGGAAGCAUUUGAAGAAGAGAUACCAGAUUCCCCAGGAAUGGAAAAGCACGAUAAAGAAAAGGACCAUAAGGAGCCUAAAAAACUUCGUUCCAUGAAAAUGUCUAGUAUAGAUUCUUCUGAACAGAAAAAGACCAAGAAAAAUCUAAAGAAGUUUCUUACGCGACGUCCCACUUUGCAAGCUGUUCGUGAAAAAGGUUAUAUUAAAGAUCAGGUAUUUGGAUGCAAUCUUGCUAAUCUGUGUCAGAGAGAGAACAGCACAGUGCCAAAAUUUGUGAAGUUAUGCAUUGAACAUGUUGAAGAAUACGGUUUGGAUGUUGAUGGGAUUUACAGAGUAAGUGGUAACCUCGCGGUGAUCCAGAAGCUGCGAUUCGCUGUUAAUCACGAUGAGAAAUUGGACUUGAAUGAUAGUAAAUGGGAAGAUAUCCAUGUCAUCACUGGAGCCCUCAAAAUGUUUUUUCGAGAAUUACCAGAACCUCUUUUUACAUUUAGUCAUUUUAAUGAUUUUGUUAACGCAAUUAAACAAGAACCGAGACAGCGAGUUGCUGCUGUUAAGGACCUAAUCAAACAGUUGCCAAAGCCAAAUCAAGAUACAAUGCAGAUUCUGUUCAGGCAUCUCAAAAGAGUUAUAGAAAAUGGAGAAAAGAACCGAAUGACUUAUCAGAGUAUAGCAAUUGUUUUUGGGCCUACUCUCUUAAAGCCAGAGAAGGAGACUGGGAAUAUAGCAGUUCAUACUGUCUACCAGAAUCAGAUUGUGGAAUUAAUCCUGCUGGAACUAAGCUCCAUCUUCGGACGCUGACUCCUGCUGAAGACGUCCUGUGGAACAGAAGCUGGAUUCCAUCAGAUUUCACAUCCUUAUUCAUGAUGUUUUUCAUUUUUGGACCAAGCAGUGACUUUUUGAUUUUUGCACUUUUUUUUUUUUGAGGGAUAAGGUGGGAACGGGAGAGUCAAGAUGUGUAUUGCGCCCUCAUAUUUGCUGCUUUGUUGCAAGAUGAUAUCACUGUGCGUGAUUCUGAAUUAAUUUUAUCCUGAAUGUUUGCAUUUCAUACUCUGAAUUUCAGUAAAAAUUGAAACUUGUCCUUCUGACCAGUCAUAAACACUGGAUAAUUUGGUAAGAAAGCUAUGCUGGUGAGAAUGCUAUGGUUUGGGUUUUUCUUUUUCUUUUUCCCUCAAACUGGAUAAUGUAGCAUUUCUUCUCAUGAUUCAUUGGGUUCGCCACAUAAUAGAACAAUACGUAGUAUCAGUUAUAUUAAAAACGCUCUUGGGCAUUUGAAAAAAAAAUGAUGUCUAUCUGUUUCGAAACCUGUGUAUUUCUUUUUCAGGGUUUCUGCAUGCAGUGGCAGUCUGAGUGCUAAAUUCAUUAGAACCCAGAUAGAAUCCCCUGAUGAAGGCUUUGCUUCUGUGCUGCGUAGCAUCCUCAUUGGAUAUCUUAGUUGCUUGUUCGAGCAGCACACUAAUGUUACUUAAAACACUGUGAUAUGCUGGGGUUUAAUUUAGUGUAAGUCCGUUCAGGGUACUUUGGGGUUGUCUGUGCUACACUUAUCCUGUAGCUUACAACCCCGAUUAUAUCUAGUGCCAUACUGAUUUCUUGGUAUGACCCUGUGGAAGCAGACUUUAUUUUAUGUAAAUACAGGCUAAAGACAAUGUCUUUUAGCUUAUGUGUAUAAUUGUGUUGUAUAGUCUCAGAGUACAUUCUAACCCUACAUUUCUAAUCACAAUACUGGUAAUCUUUUUCGUGAAUAUUAGGUUUCCUCCAGAAAUAGGCCAUUAUUUGAGAAAGUUAACUGUGCACUUUUAGAUUCUAAUUACAUUUACAGGCAAAUCACUGUAAUACAAAUGGUACUGGAAAAAUACCGAGUAGACUUGCUAAAUGGUAAAUGCACUACGAAGGGAACCUUUUAGGUUAUUUAAUAUGUACAGAAUACAUUAGAAAAAAUUUAUUACAGAAUUCUAACUGUGGUAGGAAUAGUGGAAACCCAUAUGCAAAUUAGAUAGAUGUCAGAUGGAAAAUGACAUUACCAAAUUUGAGAAUUUCUUUUUACAUUACUAAUGUAGAUUGAUUUGUAUAAUAAAACAGGGUCUGGAAGGUUUUGUUACAGAGAGCAUGGUUGUCUGUUGGAGACUUUUUUUAAUGUAUUUUUCUAGAUUAACUGCUGUAUAUGAAAUGUCUAAUCUGAAUAAAGAAAACUAUAAGAGGUUAGAGAUUUUUUCCCAUUGGAAAUGUGCAUUUUGGUUUCUCAUUUUGUUUUUGAUUUUGCGUUUACCAGCAUAUUCUUAUACCUCACUUUAAAAAAAUCAACUGAAUCCAAUAUUUUCUGUGGCAAAUACAUUUUCCUCAUUUCACACCUUCUCUACUCCCUGCUAUGUCAACAACCUUCACCACCCUUUCCCUACCUCUUAUUUCUUCAUCAGUUUUUCAAAGUGAAUAAUUUGUAACUAAAACUCCUUUUUCUUAGAAUUGUAUUUAUGAUUUACAGAUUGACUUCACGGAAACAAAUGAUUUUUAUAUGAUCUGUCUAAAAGCCUCUCACCUGAGUUUUGUGAUAAAAGUGUUGUUUCUUGUUGUGGCUCUUAUUUAAUUGUUAACAAAUGAAGCUACUUGACAACAGUGGGAAAGCAGAUUAUUUUGGGCAGGGAGUAAAAAGCCCUGAAAUCAGGUUGUUUAUAUUUGCCCAAGGGUGACCUUAAUGCUACACUAUGCUUAUGACUGGACUAUAAUGUGAUUGUACACCAGGAAAAUAAUUAGAUUCAAAUCAGUGAUUUUUUUUUCUGUUGGUAGUUACCAGACAUAUCAAAGUUUAAAUUUGUCCUGUGUUUCUUGUUUCAAGGUACAUAUUUGUGUAUGUGAAGUCUUGAAUGUUGUAUAAGUCUACAGCUAAUCAGUUUAUUAUAAUAUUGUAUGUGUGGUGAGAUCGAUGUCUUGUGUUUUCUUUAUUUGUGAAUUAAAAAUUCUCACUUUUUUUUGUAAUAACAAAACCAGUAAUAUUUUCCUGUGUCGACAGCUUGAUUUUUAGUAGAAAAUAUAUUAAAGACUAAAAUAAAUUGUCAGUGAAAGCUUA